GAUCCUCACGCAACAUGUCGAUGUAUUGAUAAAGGCGCUCCAAUAGCAAAAGCGCUUAAUGUUAUCGAUAAGAAUAACUGGAAAGAUAUAAUACAUAACAGCACACAUAUAGACUAUUCACAGGUCGGACUGGAACGUUGCAGAAGUUUGUAUGGUACUCUGGAAGGUGAAGGGUGUUUUGUGUUGUAUGAUAAAUUGCUCAUGUCACUAGUGCUGAUGCUUGGAACUUUCGCGCUGGCAAUCACAUUCAAGAAAAUGCGCAACAGCUGCUAUUUUCCGUCACGAAUUCGACAGAUCUUUAGUGAUUUCGCGGUUAUGAUAUCAAUUGUGAUCAUGACUUCAAUCGAUAUGUUUGUUGGCAUCAAUACGCCCAAACUGAAUGUGCCAUCUUCUUUCCGGGUAAUUUCACUUCCCCUUUGA